UCCCUGCAAUUGACUGGUAGUCUGGGCAAUGUGAUGAAAGAAUCCGUCGCAAUCGCGCACACUUUUGCCGGUCUGUUUGCCUCCUCCGGUGCCCCGUGUCCUAGCACCGACGGGUCUGUUAAAAAAUAUCUCAAUCCCACCGAGGCGUCCAAAGCUGCACACUUCCUCCGUCAAGCCGAAUUGCACUUGCAUGUACCUCAGGGAGCCACACCGAAAGAUGGUCCUUCUGCCGGUAUUACAAUGGUUACUGCACUGCUUAGUCUAGCUUGUAACAAACCAGUUCGACCCGACCUAGCCAUGACUGGUGAGGUCAGUUUAACCGGUAAAGUGCUUCAGGUUGGUGGUAUCAAGGAGAAAGUACUUGCGGCCAAACGCGGAGGAGUCAUUUGUCUCAUCAUGCCCGAGACCAAUCGUAAAGAUUUUGACGACUUGGCCCCGUUCAUCAAAGAGAAUCUUGAAGUACAUUUUGUCAGUCAUUACAAUGAAGUGUUCCCGGUCGCCUUCUCUUGA